CAACCUCUUAGCUGUUCACCGCAGCAUAAAGUUGGAAAGGAUGAGGAAUAUGUAUUUGUCUGUGAUAUUGGUAAUCCAUUAGCAGGUAACAGUGAAGCAAAAUUUGGAUUUCGUUUAACCGGCACUAAAGUUGAUGCUACAAAUGAAGCUGUGGAAAUUAAAAUGUCUGUUAAUAGUACUAAUGAUGAAGCUUUUGGUCGUGAUGUUGAUAACGAAUUGACUGUACGAGUUCCAGUCGAGAUUAAAGCUCAACUUUCAUUAGUUGGUCGAUCAACACCGGAGCAAUUAGAUUACUCGAUUCGAAAUCGAACUUCAAGUGAUCCUAUUUUUGAUUCCGAAAUUGGUCCUGUUAUCAGUCAUUUAUAUCAGGUUAUAAAUCGUGGUCCAAGCGCGAUUAGUGGUGCAUCGUUAGACAUCAUUUGGCCAAGUUUUGCUGAAAAUGGAAAACAUUUACUGUAUUUGAUUGAUGAGCCACAGGUUAAUGAUGCGGAUAAAGUGAAAUGCCGUGUGAAACAAGCACAAAAUAUCAAUCCGGAAAGUUUAAUGAUCUCAAAUGAACACAUUCCAACACCAUCUGCUAUCAUCUACGAUGAUCAAAUACCUGUACAGCAGCAUUAUGAACGUGAAGAGCAUAUCCGAGAGAUGUACGAUGAUUACAAAUUGCGACGACGACGUCGAAUGCAUAUUCAUGCUAAGCAUAUGAUUCGUAGUCAAAAAAUUAAACGAUCUCAACAACAAAUGAUCACUGAUCAACGUCGAAUUCGAUUUAUUCAAGCAAAAGAUAAUAUGAAACAAGCUGUGAAAAUGGCUAAAGCAGCUGGAAAAGCUAUCGAAUACAGAGGACCUCUUAAUAGGGCAAAUAUUGGUUGCAACAGAGAUAAUUGUACACAUAUUGAAUGUGAUAUUCAACGGCUUAAUGAGGAUGAAUUUGUUUUGGUGGAAAUUUAUGCUCGUUUAGCUCUAAAUACUCUAAUCGAUAAUAAUAUUUAUGAAGCAGAUAUUUCCUCUAUUGGUAUAGCUAAAAUAUCAGCAUUACCAAGUGUACCACGCUAUAAUCCACCAGCACAACUUGUCGCGGUAACAACAGAUGUAAAUCCAACGGAUCCCGAACAAGCACAAUAUGGUGUACCAUGGUGGCUAUACCUAAUUGCUAUCCUUAUUGGAUUGGUUAUAUUAGCACUUCUUAUUUUAUGUCUUUGGAGGUGUGGUUUCUUUAAACGUCAUAGGCCACCAACCGAACAAGCUACUUACAAUACAAAUGCUAAAAAUAUGGAUAUGUAUGCGGAUAGUCAAGUUCGAUUUGCACAUCCACACAUGUACUCUGAGGACCGACAUGGUAUUCGAGUAUGA